AUGGAUGGAAUCAUCCGCAUGGAAGCGAUGAGCCGUGUGAAACCGCAACAGGGCCUUGGCGCGGCCGGGAAAUAUGCAAAGAAUAAGAAGAUAUCAGACUUUAUCAAUCUUGACAAACCUGAUAUCUUCUCUGAACUAGAAGAACCUCUGAAACCUGAGUAUUCAGAAGAAGUCACUGCAGAGGCUAAGAUAGCAUAUAAUAUCAAGAUCACUGCAUGGAAAAUCAAAUAUAUGAAAUAUAAGAAAUUGAAUAAAGAUAUGACAAAGAUAUAA